AUGAAAAGAAAACACGGAAAACGAAUGCAAAAGUAUCAACAAAUCCACGAGGCUUUAACAUGUGCUGGUUUGGAAGAUGCAUGGCCACAGAUGUUUCUGUUAACUCAUUCAACUGGAAAUGUAGUUAAUUACCUUUACAAAGAUCUUUUAGUUUUCUUCUGGGUAGACAGAAAUAAUCUGAUGCGAUGUGUCAUGCAUUAUGAGUGA